UCUUCCUUUAAACUCAGUAACUUCAACAUCUGCUCUUACUCAUCCUGCUGUUGCGUCUCCGUCCUCUGCAGACGCACUGGGCUGUAAAAAUGGCUGCAUCUGCUUUGAUUACCACGACUCCAUGAAACCAGAUAAGGAACUAACUCUGUCAGUACUGAUGGUCUGUGACCUGUUUUUACAACAGCUGUUGCUGUACAUGCGUGUGUGUGUGCAUGUGUGUGUGUAGCAGAUGUUCUUGAUUCCUGAAGCUUAGGUUUUUGCUUAGAUUAGCAUUAUUAGGGGGAUUGCUAAUUAGCCGGACAGGCAGGAAGCUUGUUGCUGCGUCCCAAAAUCCUUCUUUAGGUUCACUUCCGACUUUCCAUGUUGACUGAAGCGUCAGAAGCUGCAGCAGCGGGUCCUGUUUUAUUACUUAAACAUCUUUAUAAAAACAGAUAAUCUCUAUUUUAUUGGGUUCAGAUGGAAAUAACCGAAUGAACUAUUUUUCAUUGACGGUAAUUUUCUUGGAGAGUAGAAUACUUGGUCAUUGAUAGUUUUUUUUUGUUUGUUCAUCAUGAUUCAACGGUUUAAUAUCAGCCGAAACAGUGAAAAGAAAAGCUGCAAUUUCACACUUAUGAGCAGCUGGGACCUUGAAAUGUUUAUGUUAAAAGACGACACAUAUCUUAAAUUCAUCUAACUUAAUGUUGAAGUAAAUUUAAUUUCCACUUAUCUUGUAUCCCUCUGCAUAAUUUCAAUUAUGACUGGAUCAAGUCAUAUUAGUUUAACUUCCUAUUUCAAAAACUUUAGCCAAACUUUAAAGAAAAAGAAACAAAGAAAAGUACCUCGACUGAGUUUCUUUAAGUUCAUAAGGAAUAAGGGUUACUUUGUCUUAUCUGAACCCCAAAUGCAGAACUGAAAGUGUCAAGAGGAUGGAGGUGUUAAGAAACAGCUCAGUCAGCUGACAGCUAUGCACUUGUGGGGUGGUGGUCAUGUAUAAAGGAAACAGCAUAACACAUCCGGCAGCCAACAAGCCAACAGCUGUGGACGGUCUGAGCUGCAGGUAAGACAUUUUUAAAUGAUCUGGAGGCUUUUUUACUUCUUAAACUUUAACUAGUUCUCAUUAUGGGUCUUUUAAUUUCUCCACAGUUCUGCUCAUCAGUACAGGAUGGAAUAUGAGGAGUUUACUGGAGAUUAUGACUAUAACUACACCUCCCUGGAUGAAAAUUAUACUAUUAAAGAGCAGCCAGUGUUCACACACCGGCCAACAUGUUUGAUGGAAGUUUUGUGUGUGAGUUUACUCGUGGCCAGCAUUGUCAUUUUCCUUCUGGGCUUCUGCGGAAAUGCUGUGGUCAUCUGGAUUUCUGGUUUCAAGAUGAAGAGGUCGGUGAACACCACCUGGUACCUGAGCCUUGCCAUCUCUGACUUUGUCUUCUGCGCCUUCCUCCCGUUCAGCAUCACUAACAUGGUGAUGGAGGAGUGGAUCUUCGGCAGCUUCAUGUGCAAGUUCGUCCCCUCCAUCAUGUUUCUCAACAUGUUCAGCAGCAUCUUCCUCCUGGUGGUCAUCAGUGUGGACCGCUGCGUGUCAGUGGUGUUUCCAGUUUGGUCCCAAAACCAUCGCACUGUGAAAAAGGCGUCCAUUACCGUUCUGCUGUCCUGGAUCCUCGCCAUCGCUCUGAGUUUCCCCUCUGUGAUGUUCCGUGAAGUUGGCACUCAUUUGGGGAGAACCAUUUGCUACAACAACUACACAACAGACCAGUACAGUCACAAAACAAUCGCAGCGACCCGCUUCCUUGGAGGAUUUGUUAUCCCUUUCACCGUCAUCAUCAUCUGCUACUCCAUCAUCAUCCUCAGACUUCGCACCAACAGGAUGACCAAAUCCUCCAAACCCUUUAAAGUCAUGACGGCGCUUGUGGCGACGUUCUUCAUCUGCUGGCUGCCGUACCACGUGUUUGUGCUGCUGGAGCUGAACCAUCAAAACUACGACCACAACCUGUUAACCACUGGACUCAAAGUGGGAACUUCUUUCGCUGCAGCCAACAGUUUCCUCAACCCCAUUCUGUAUGUGUUCAUGGGCAACGACUUCAGGCGGAAGUUCAGGAGCUCCGUGCUCUCCAAGAUUGAGGAUGCGAUGGGAGACGAAGGUCGAACCACCAGCAGGUACCUGUCCAGGUCCAGCUCCGUGGAUGCCAGAGCGUCCACGCAUAUCUAGAGGUGAAAGGAAAUAUACUUCUUUGAAUUACUGUGAGACAGCAUCUCAAAUGUGUUUUUCAUCGUGACGACGCUGUAUGGACUGACAGUGCAAUUACUGAAUUUCUUUCCCUGUUGACAGAACAGAGAAAUGUAUUGCCAAUUUAAUCCUGUAAUAUUGACGUAUAUGCAAGUGUGAGCCAAUGUGUAAAUGUGUACUCGGCUCAUCUUGUGAGGCAGGAUUUGUGAAGACAAGCUCUUGCAGCAGAAUGAGAAUUUCAGAGCGGGGUGUGCAGGAAGCAUUGGAGGCAAUAAUAAGACUGUAAAUAUGGAGUGUAUAUUGUAUUUUCCAUCUGAUAAACAUUUGAAUGUAGUUUUGUUAUAUGCAGUUUUCUGUAACCAACCAAAGGGAGAAGCAACUUGCAGAGAUUCAGUGAUGGUGGGACCAUUUAAUUUCUUAAAUUCAUUCUGUUAUGAAUGCAACUCUUGCAAGACUGGAACCUGGACUGUUAGAAAGACAUUUUUUUAUUAAUGCAACAUAAUCUAAUCAAAUCUAACAGGAGAGGAAAAAAUCAGUCAUGUAAAAUUUUUGAUUUGGCUGUUCUUUGAAUCUUCUUUAAAGCUGUUUUUACCAGGAUACCUUUCAUGAUGUUGCACAAAAACCACACAGCCAGCUGAUUUUGUCGUAUGGAUCUGUAUCUUGUUGUACAGUUGAUGCAUCUGAGUAAAAAGUGUUUGUUUCUUUUGUGUCUUUUUUACUAAAUAAAGUGUGAACCAAUGAAAUGCA